GAAGAGGACGGGGAUGUAGAACACCCUCUCUCUGAGCUGAAACACGUGUCAGACUCUGGAUAUAAGAAAUCUUCUACAGAGAAGAAAAAUGUGGAGUCACGAAGGAAAGUCCAGACAGGAGUGAAGUUUAGCUGCAAAGACUGUGGCAAAACAUUUAUUGGAAAAUCCACGUUAAACAGACAUAUGAAAAUCCACACAGGAGAGAAGCCUUUCUGUUGUGAUCUAUGUGGACAAAGAUUUAGACAAACAGCACAUUUAAACACACACAUGAGAAUCCAUACAGGACAAAAGCCUUUUGGUUGUUAUCUAUGUGAUCAAAGUUUUAGCCAAAAAGGACAUUUAAACAGACACAUGAGAGUCCAUCCAGGACAGAAGCCUUUCUUCUGUGAUCUAUGUCGACAAAGAUUUAGCCGAAAAGCACAUUUAAACGCACACAUGGAAAUCCAUACAGGACAGAAAUCUUUCUGUUGUGAUCAAUGUGGACAAAUAUUUAACAAAAGAGGAAAUCUCAAGAAACACACGAAAAUCCAUACAGGACAGAAGCCUUUCUGUUGUGAUUUAUGUGGACAAAGAUUUAGCCAAAAAUCGGAUUUAAACAGACACUUAAGAAUCCAUACAGGACAAAAGCCAUUCAGUUGUGAUCUAUGUGGACACAGAUUUAGCCAAAGAGGAAAUCUGAAUAAACACAUGAUAAUCCAUACAGGACAGAAGCCUUUCAACUGUGAUCUAUGUGGAAAGAGGUUUAGCAAAAGAGGAAAUCUGAACCAACACAUGAGAACCCAUACAGGAGGGGAAAAGGCUCUUCUAUGAAUACUAACUCAAACUGCACCGAUGUAGUUUGCUGUGAGAUGUUUCUGUGUUGUCAUCAGAGGCAACAGUCUUCACUUGCUAAUUUCAAUACUUUAGUACAUAACUUUUAGAUUAUCUCAAAACAUUUUUUAAUUCAUUUGUUCAGGCUGAGCUGUAGACAGGUGUGCUUGUUUUCAGUCUAUGCUCACUUCUGCAACUACUACGGCCACCCUCCUGGCGAGCACCAGAAUUUAAGUUGGAGAGACGUGGCUGUUUAGCCUUGAUAGGUGAGUGAUGUGCCCUGCAUUCAACUUACUUCCAAAUAAUUUUCAUUUUGUCAUAAUCCCAUUUAUUUUGUGAAGUACACCAGGCCCCACAACCCCCACAACAUGACGCUACUAACCAAUUUUGAACAGCAAGGAUAGUCUUUUAAGGCUUGAAAGCUUCCCACUUCUCCCUCCAAAUGUAACAAUUUUCAUUAUGGCCAAACCGUUCAAUUUUAGUAUUGUCAAACCACGGGAUAUAUCUCCUAAAUUGUAGUCCCUUGUCCAUGUCUGCAUUUGCAAACAGUAAUCCGACUUCUAUGUGUUUCGCUUGGACUAAUGCCUUCUACAUGGCAGAGUAGCCUUUCAGCCAAUGUCAGUACAGUACUUGUUUCACUGUGGAUAAUGAGACACUCCAAAAAGGUUUAAAAAAAAAAAAGAAAAACAAUUGGAUUUCUAAUCUUAAUCUGAAAGUGUUUCGCUUCCCAUCCAGGAAGCUUUCUCAAUUCAAAAUGCCUGGAGUAGAGCGGAGUUACAAGCUUCAUAGACCUGCUGGUGAGGCUUCAUUAGAGCUUUGAGUCACAUGUAAAUUCACCUGGAACUGAUCGCCCUUGACAGUGGAGAGUUAUUUUUUUUUUUUCUGCUGAGGUAUCCAACAGACAUGGCAUAUUAAUGUUUAAAUACAUUUUUCAUACUGAAAUACUUUGUUUUAUGCUAUUUAACAAAAACAGACAUCUGGUAUGGUCUAUAACUAAAUAUGUAAA